AUAUGAGCUCCGCGGAGGCGCCGCCUCGGCCUUUCCUGCCUCGCUCCUGGUUGGCGCCGGCGCCGCUGCCGAGCCGCUCCACUCCCCGAGACCGCCGCGCCACACCCCGGCCCGCCCUCGCCCGCCGCCGUCGCCGCCAUGAUCAUCUACCGCGACUGCAUCAGCCAGGACGAGAUGUUCUCCGACAUCUACAAGAUCAAGGAAGUCGCCAGCGGUCUCUGCCUGGAAGUGGAGGGGAAGAUGGUAAGCCGGAAAGAAGGUGAAAUCGAUGAUGCUUUGAUUGGUGGAAAUGCAUCUGCUGAAGGCCCUGAAGGGGAAGGGGCGGAGGCCACAGUUGUCACUGGUGUUGACAUCGUAAUGAAUCACCAUCUUCAGGAAACAAGUUUCACUAAAGAAUCUUACAAGAAAUACAUCAAGGACUAUAUGAAAGCAAUCAAAGCCAGACUUGAGGAAACAAAGCCAGAGAGAGUAAAGCCGUUUAUGACCGGGGCCGCAGAGCAAGUCAAACAUAUCCUUGCAAACUUCAAAAAUUACCAGUUUUUUGUAGGAGAGAACAUGAAUCCUGAUGGCAUGGUGGCGUUGCUGGAUUUCCGUGAGGAUGGUGUAACCCCAUAUAUGAUUUUCUUUAAAGAUGGAUUAGACAUGGAGAAAUGUUAACAAGGUCUUCCCUUCGGGAUCAUCUGUUGUCAUCAUCAUCAUAAUUGGCUGCUGCUCUUUCCUCAUCCACAAACCAUCAUGACUCAGCAAUGUCUGACAACUGGACUGCUGUCACCUUGAGCUUAAUUUGAUUUAUUUUGACCCUGAAUUGAUUGGAGUGGAGGCAUUGUUUUUAAAAACGUGUCAUGUAGGCUGUCUAAAAUAAAAAAAACUCAUUGAAACCCA